AUGGCUAAGUCUGCUACCUUCAUCACCCUUCUCUUUGCUGCUCUUGUUUUCUUUGCGGCUUUUGAAGCACCAACAUUAAUGGUGGAAGCUAAGUUGUGCGAGAGGCCAAGUGGGACAUGGUCAGGAGUUUGUGGAAACAAUAACGCGUGUAAGAAUCAGUGCAUUCGACUUGAGAAAGCACGACAUGGAUCCUGCAACUAUGUCUUCCCUGCUCACAAGUGCAUCUGCUACUUCCCAUGUUAAUUAAUAUACCAAACAUAUUUGGAGUUAUAGUACUGUGUGCAUUCUCAUAAAAUAAAUCUCGUGUCAUUCUAUGGGUGACCUUAUUAUGACAUGUACCAUAUAUGUUUAUGUCGGUUUGCUAUAAUAAUAUAAUCUUCUUGUUUCUUGUUGUUCAUGUUUGUCUUCAACAUGGGCAUAAGGAGUGAGAAGUUUUCA